AAAUAAAAAUAAAAUAAAAAAUAAAAAAAAAGACCUCAUCCUUUAUCAUCUCCUUUCCGGACCCCAAAAUCCAAAACUCCCAGAAAAAAAUGUCGCUCACAGCCUCACUUCUCCACCUCCCACCACUACACUCCCUCAAGCUCUCCUCUUCCACCACACCAACGACAACGACAACAACCCAUUUCCUCCAUGGCUCGAUUCCUCUCUCUCUCCUCUCCAAGCCCUCUUCCUCUCUCACCAACCCAACCUCGUGUCCCCCCAACUUCCUCCCUCCCAUCAGGGCCAUGAGGUCUCUGCAGGGACGCGUCGUCUGCGCCACAAGCGACAAGACCGUGGCCGUGGAGGUGCUGCGUUUAGCCCCCCACCCCAAGUACAAGAGGCGCGUGAGAAAGAAGAAGAAGUUCCAGGCCCACGACCCCGACAACCAGUUCAAGGUCGGAGAUUACGUCCAGCUCGAGAAGAGCAGACCCAUUAGUAAGACCAAGACCUUCGUCGCCGUUCCCGUUCCCGCCAGGAACUCCAGGAAGAAAGACGCCGAUGGAGAAUCUGCGGAGCUUGGGAUUCCCUUGGAAUCUCAGCAGCCUCAGGCUUAGGUUUUGAGGUUUUGAAUUUGUGAAUUUGAUUUCUUUUGGGUUUUGCAUUUUUUAUUUUGGUCAGGUUUGGAAUUUUUGUGUAUUUCGAUGCGCUUGAUAUGUGACAUGGUAUUAGUCUUAAAAAAUUUGAGCAUUUUCUUACUGGAAUUUGUGUGUGUGUGUGUGUGUUUAUUUUGGAUAAAUACAAAGACUUGUUUUAUCAGAA